CAAAACAAUACAUGCAAAAAAAAAAAAGAUAGUAGCCAUAGCAAGUGAGACAAGUACUAUAAACUACACUUUCACUUUUUGUAGUUUUAAGAUUUUGUCCUGUUUUUGCAAUGGGUUCUCGUCAAAUUCAACAAGAACAACCAUGGCUGUUGGAGAAUGGUAAUCCAAAGGUCUUGACCAAGGAAGCUAGACAUGGACAUGGCCGGAGCCGGACCGCGCAUGGCAUGUCUUCUUCUUCCUUGCGCAAGAAAUCUGAUCACGCUCUUGUGUCAAGGAUUCGAUGUGCUUCGCUCCGGAACGUUUUGGUUAACAUCCAAGAGGUUAUUCUUGGUACCAAGCUGUCCAUUCUCUUCCCUGCCAUUCCUGCUGCCAUUGUUGCUCACUACCUUGGCUUAGGAAGACCAUGGGUUUUCAUACUGAGCUUACUUGGCCUCACUCCACUUGCUGAACGUGUGAGCUUUCUCACAGAACAAAUUGCCUUCUUCACUGGUCCUACAGUUGGAGGACUUCUUAAUGCAACAUGUGGGAAUAUUACUGAGCUGAUCAUAGCAAUAUUUGCUCUUAGCAGCAACCAAAUUGCUGUUGUCAAGUAUUCUCUUUUAGGUUCCAUCCUUUCAAACCUUCUUCUUGUGCUUGGAACCUCUCUACUUUGUGGUGGCAUUGCUAACCUUGGAGUUGAGCAAAAAUAUGACAGAAGACAAGCAGACGUGAAUUCACUAAUGCUGCUUUUGGCAUUGUUAUGCCAUUUGCUUCCAUUGCUAUUCACAUUCAGUGCUGCAUCACCCGAACUCACAGUAGAGCCUUCACUCUACUUGUCAAGAUCUGCUAGCAUUGUGAUGUUGGCUGCAUAUUUUGCUUACUUGAUCUUUCAACUAUGGACACACAGGCAAUUAUUUGAAGCUGAAGAUGAAGGUGAAGGUGAGAGCAAUGAGGCAGAAGAAGAAGCUGUGAUUGGAUUUUGGAGUAGCUUUGGUUGGUUGGCUGGAAUGACUGUGUUCAUUGCUUUGUUAUCUGAAUAUGUGGUUGAUACAAUUCAGGAUGCAUCAGAUUCAUGGGGUUUGUCUGUCAGUUUCCUCAGCAUAAUCUUGUUACCAAUAGUUGGCAAUGCAGCUGAACAUGCAGGAGCAAUCAUUUUUGCAUUCAAGAACAAGCUGGACAUUUCCUUAGGUGUUGCAUUGGGCUCUGCUACUCAAAUUUCAAUGUUUGCGGUUCCUCUAUGUGUGAUUGUUGCAUGGAUAAUGGGUGUGAAAAUGGACUUGAACUUCAACCUCCUUGAGACAGGUUCUCUUGCUUUGGCAAUUAUAGUCACAGGCUUCACUUUACAGGAUGGUACUUCUCACUACUUGAAAGGCCUUAUUCUCCUACUUUGCUACUUUGUUAUUGGUGCUUGCUUCUUUGUGCAAAGAACACCCAAUGACCCAAAUGGUGUUAAUAACAUCACAAUUAAAUCAGUCACUGAUUCAGUUUUAAGUGCCUAAUAGGCUUUGGCCUAUUUUGAUUCCUUCCUUAAAUGAAGGAUGGGAGCAUAUAUCCAAACUCAAAUGCAGAUUCAAUACAUUGGUUAUUGGUUCAUUUUGUCACAUCCAGAUAGGAGGGAACAAAAAGUUUGCAGUGUGCUAUGAAAUUUUAUUGCAAGCUUUGUGAAUAGGCCUCUUAAGAUUUUUUUAAUCAUAUGUUUUUGUGUCCUAUUGGUAUAUGAUUGAAGGGGUUUUUUUGUGAUCGUGCAUUGCAUUGGAUAUCAAAUAAAUGGAAUUAUUCUCAUGAGUUUGGGUUUGCUUUAGCAAUGAUUA